AGACAUAUGUAUCCUCAUAUGUCUAUGGCAAGAAUACAAUUCAAUGGUUAGGGUACGUGAGGGCAUAUAUGCCGAUAGUUAAUUCUUUACUUGACCGAAAAUUGAUUACACGAGACACUUUCCAAAGCGCCUCCUAUAGGUGAAGAUGUCUGCAAUUGUUAAAGUGGAACCGAAACAAGAAGAAGAAAUAAGUACAUACCUUGACGACAAGGUUUUUCGUACUAAUGAUUCCUUCACAAUCAUAAAGCAGGAAUCUAAGGUGAUUACGAUCAAUGCAAAUUAUUGUAAUGAAUUGGAUCAAGAAGGUGCAAUUUUUGGAAAAAUCUUGGUUAAAUAUCAAGAAAAUAAGCUGCAAAAUAAUUACAAGUCCAAGUUUAAAACUCGUUUGCGAAUACACAAACCUUCAAAAGAUUUUAAGUGUGCCCAAUGUACCUACACAACUAAUUAUAAAUCUAAUUUAAAGUCGCAUCUCUUAACACACAAGACGUCUAAAGAUUUUAAGUGUGCUCACUGUGACUAUGCAACCAAUUGUAAAACAAGUUUAAAGAUACAUCUGUUAAACCACAAGACAACGAAAGAUUUAAAGUGUACCCAGUGUGAUUAUGCAACCAAUAAUAGCAAAUGUUUUAAAAGCCAUCUCUUAACACACAGGACUUACAAGGAUAUCAAAUGUGCUCAAUGUGACUAUGCAACCAAUUAUAAAAAUAAUUUAAAGGCACAUCUCUUAACUCAUAAAAAUUCUAAAGAUUUUAAGUGUGCCCAGUGUGAUUAUACAACUAAUAAUGGAGUGUAUUUUAAAAAUCAUGUGGUAACACAUAAUACUUUCAAGGAUAUAAAAUGUGUCCAGUGUGAUUAUGCAACUAAUUAUAAAUCUAGUUUAAUGAGACAUAUGUUAACACACAAGCCGUCCAAAAGUUUAAAAUGUGCCCAGUGUGAGUAUGCAACCAAUAAUAUAACAUAUUUUAAAAGUCAUCUGGUAACACACAAGACUUCUAAGGGUAUGAAAUGUGCUCAGUGUGACUUCGCAACCAAUUAUAAAUCUAGUUUAAAGACACAUGUGUUAACGCAUAAGACCUCUAAAGAUUUAAAGUGUGCCCAAUGUGAUUUUGCAACCAAUAAUAGUGCGUAUUUAAAGAAACAUAUGUUUACACAUAAGACGACUGAAGAUUUAAAGACUUUCAAGUAUAUAAAAUGUGACCAGUGUGACUAUGCGACUAAGUAUAAAUAUAGUUUAAUUAGACAUCUGUUAACACACAGGACGUCUAAAGAUUUAAAGUGUAUCCAGUGUGAUUAUGCAACCAAUAAUAAUACCUCUUUUAAAAGUCAUCUGGUAACACACAGGACUUCUAAGGAUAUAAAAUGUGGCCAGUGCAACUUCGCAACCAAUUAUAAAUAUAAUUUAAAGGUGCACCUGUUGACACACGAAACGUCUAAAGGUUUAAAAUGUAUCCAUUGUGACUAUGGAACCAAUCGUAAAUAUAGUUUAAAGAAACAUCUGUUACAACACAUCAGGAAGUAAAAUUACACAAUCAGUUUUGAACCCACAAAUAAAAUAUUUCCAAGGAAUAUAUCGUGAGGGAAAUAGUAUAAAAGAUUAACUGAAGAUGCAAAUUACAUUGCAAAAAUUUUUAAUCAAUAUAUUUUUCAUGAUUGUGAUCGUUUCUAUAAUACUGCCACAUUUUAUUCAAGUCAAAAUUUGAUAUUUGAUGAUAGAGAUAUAUGAUUGAAACUAUGAACGAGGUCACCAAAAAGGGUGGCCAGUUCACAAAAAGUGUACAGAGAGUUAUUCCUAAAGUACUGUGAUAAUCCACCCUGAUGGUUAGGCAACACACCUUUACAUCUGAAACAAAAAUAUAUGCUCUGUAUGGUGGUGUUAUCUCAAUUGAUUGUACAGGUAUUUUAAUGUGUUGUUAUACUGAAUUGAUUUAUCAUA